UCAAAAGUUUCGGUUCGCUUUCUUUCUUGGUACUAGAGCUGUAGCCGGAAGUUUCGAUGAAUUAGUUCCGCUUCUGACUUUAAGCCUUACUUUGAUGCAAAUCACAUCGCCUUUUGCACUAUGUGGUAUUCAACACUUUUCUUGCGUUUGUAUUCCGAAAUCCUGGAAGAUGAUUGGAUAAAAAAUGAUAUCAAUCAAGGUGACGUGCAACAGGCUAUUCGUUACAUGCAUGAAGUCUAUAGAGGUAACCCGGAAAACCUUUCCAAAGAUAAUUAUCCUAUAACAGACUACAACAAACUGGCAUACCGUUGUGCAUAUCUGUAUAAGUAUGCCCCAAUUCAUACUGCACUUGUAUAUGAAGCUGUAAGUCGAGCUUUGACUGAAAAUCGAUAUAUUUUCCGCAUGUUUCAAGAUUUAGUAUUACUGAAGAAACCUUUUAACAUCUGCAGCUUAGGCUCUGGUCCUGGCACUGAUGUUAUUGGAGUGUUAGCAGCCCUGUAUGACAAGUUGUGCUUCUUUCCUAGUUCUGCUAAAUUGGUGGAUAUCAUGCCAGAAUGGAAAGGGACUUUUCAAUCAGUGAUAAAAAAACUAAGACUGGAAAAUCAUUCGUAUGGAAUACUAUCUCAGAGUGUCAAUCAAAGGCAGUUUGAUUGGUCUUUUAUUGGUGCCGAUCUGCAGGAGCAGCUGAGUGAAGAUCUUAACGUGGUGAUAGAAGCAGCUGAUUUGAUUACACUGGUAAAAUUUGUGUCCGCUGUGGCAUGUAAAAAAACUUCGGAAAUGAUUGAGAAAAUCUUCCAAAUCCUGAAACCUGGCGCAAUGGUAUUGUUCAUCGAUAACGCCGCUGGAGGUUUUCAAGAACUGAUAACUUUGGCAGCCAAAAAACACCAUUUAAUCCCUAUAUUCGGACCACUGAAUCAUGAGUUGUAUGUCAACGAAACGUUCAACCUGGAGAAAUUCGGCUACAAGAGUUGUUACAAAACUAGGGUAGCUGUUCAACUGCUGCUGAAAAUUGACCCAGGACAUUACUCAAUUGGAAUGAACUUAUCUUCGAAACCAUAUCUUAACCAGACGAAUCAUUCUCAAGGACACUUGUUGCAAUACCGAUAUGAAGCUAGAAAUGUCAGAAUACCGAUUAGAUGGACUGAGGCAUUUAUGCCAAUGCCAUUUGAUUUGAACAGUAUGUACAACAUUGAUGUUAGACGUACUGCACUCUUAAGAAAUCGAAAUUAUCUUAAUUACAAGGGAUUUAAUUUGCAAUAUCCCAGUUAUUUUCCUGCCCUCACGUGAUAAGGACGAAUUAUUUACAAUUUUAAAUAUGAUUAAAGUUGCUACAGUUUGUGUAUGCUGCGAUUUACUUCUUAUAUGAUGCAAUUAUGGAUUUUAUAUUUGUAUUACAAAUAAUAAUGUAUUUUUAAAAUAAGUUUCGUGAUUUUGUGUUAUUGUUUCUAAUUUAUGUUACGACUGCCAUGAUUAUAUAUAAUACAUAAAAUUCUUAGAACUUUGAAAAUAAUUUUCAAUGUAUUUUAAUUAGACUCUUAGGCUAAAUUCUUCAAAAUAAUGAGAAAUGAUAAUUUAUUUUUGUCUGUCUUUACUUCUUUAUAAGAUCUUAUUGUUGGGAAUACUGCCAUUAUUUCUAUUUCAUAAACAAAAAAAGUAAACAUUUUAAAAAAAAUUUUCAUUCGAAUUAGUUGGGAAAUGUUUUCUGAUUUAUGAGAAAGGUUGACAGUGUAAUGAGACGAAAAAUGUUUAAGAUAACUUUAAUACCUUUCUUUCUUAAAAAUGUUCAGAAGGCCUAAAAUGAAAAUGUCCUUUUUUAUUUUAAAGCAGGAUCAUUUAAAAAAGCACAUUUUACUUGGAUAAGACAUUUGAUAUUUCUUGUACUACCCGAAUAAUAGAAGAAACGUGCAAAUUAUUGAAACCUUUAUUUCUCAAGAAACUUAGAGCUCUUGGAUAUAUGAUAUAAUUGCGCAUUAUUUUUAAUGUAUAAUUUGUGAGUGUAAUAUUUUUAUCAAGUUUUGUAUUAAAUUUGCAUUCGAAUAAAAAAAUUCUACAAUUCAUACGAAUUUAACAAAUUAUUAAUCUUUUUUAAUGACUGAUUUAUUUUCCUUUAUAACAGAAAUAAUUUUACCAGCAAAGAAAAUUCGAAAAAAUUUCAUUUUUUGAACUCAUAUUUAAAACUCAUAAAUUUGGGCAAAAAAAAUCUCCUAAAGUCAAACAUCUGAUUAUUUUUGUUGAAAUUUAAAUAAGCUGCUACUCGUAUAUAGUCUAUUUAGGGAAUUAGAGAUUAUGGAUUUUUAAAUACUGGAGGAGAAAAUUUGACAAUAGUUAUUUUACUUCAUUUUUAGCAAGAAUAUAAUGGGCCCAAAAAUCUCUUUGAUGAAGAAUAAAAACAUGGCUUAGAAUUCAAUUAUUCAAAGUAACUUUAUGUACAAAUUAUGCAAUGAAAGAUUAAAAAAAGAA